CGGACCGACAAAAGCCCAUGCACCGCUGCAUCCCCGCGUCCAGCGCCCAUGUCCUACCGCCGUCGCCACCAUGCCCAAGAGAAAGGCUGAAGGGGAUGCUAAAGGAGAUAAAGCCAAGGUAAAAGAUGAACGACAGAAAAGAUCUGCAAGGUUAUCUGCUAAACCUGCUCCUCCAAAGCCAGAGCCCAAGCCUAAAAAGGCCCCUGCAAAGAAGGGAGAGAAGGUACCCAAAGGGAAAAAAAGGAAAGCUGAUACUGGCAAGGAUGGGAGUAACCCUGCAGAAAAUGAAGAUGCCAAAACAGACCAGGCACAGAAAGCUGAAGGUGCUUGGAGAUGCCAAACACCCCCUUACAAUCUCGGCCUCCUCACCCCAUUUGGGGGGCUACCCGCACAGAGCAAGGUCCCUGACAUGAACCCGUCCGCCGCUUCCCGCCAGGCCAUGCCCUGCACAGAACCUGACUCCCUGCCCCAGGCGCCCUCCUACCCAAAAGCUGUCCUCACCCGGGGCAGGUGCCAACGCCCUGCCCUGCCCCCGUGA